GUCUUUAAAGUGAAAUGGAUAAGUUCGUCCCUGCACCGCAGCUGGUUUGGUUAGGAAUAGGAAAUAAAAUUGUAGUGUAGGCAGUCGUGGAAGGAUCGAAGAGUGUGUGGUCGAGUCGUCAGCUGUGCAAUACGUGACGUUUUUUUUUUCAUUUCAAAUCGUCCAGGAUUUGUUUCCAGUGUAGUGUAUCAAGUGAAUUUCAGUGAUUACUUUCAAAAUGACGAGUCGUAUGGCAGGACAAACUAUCAACGACCGGUUUCUAGCAGCUAAACAUAGCAUAGCCGGUCAAGGAUUAGCGAAAUCUGUUUGUAAGGCCACAACCGAAGAAAUGAUCGGACCAAAAAAGAAACACUUAGAUUAUUUAGUCCACUGUACAAACGAACCAAACGUAUCAAUACCUCAAAUGGCAAAUCUUCUCAUCGAAAGAUCGCAAAAUACCAAUUGGAUAGUCGUAUACAAAGCCCUCGUCACAGUGCAUCACAUAAUGUGUUACGGGAACGAAAGAUUCACACAAUAUUUAGCUUCGAGUAAUUGCACGUUUCAACUUAGUAAUUUUUUCGAUAAAAGUGGCGUACAAGGUGCCGUGAGUGCUAGAACGGGGUAUGACAUGUCACCUUUCAUACGCCGAUAUUCCAGAUACCUCAACGAGAAGGCACUGUCGUAUCGAACUAUUGCCUUCGAUUUUUGCAAAGUGAAAAGGGGAAAAGAAGAUGGAGUUCUACGUACAAUGAACGCAGAGAAAUUACUGAAAACACUGCCCUGUCUGCAGAGUCAGCUGGAUGCACUACUCGAAUUCGAUUGUUCCGCGAACGAUUUAACAAAUGGUGUUAUAAAUAUGUGUUUUAUGUUACUAUUUCGGGAUCUCAUAAGAUUAUUUGCAUGUUAUAAUGAUGGUAUAAUUAAUUUGUUAGAGAAAUAUUUCGAUAUGAAUAAAAAACAGUGUAAAGAUGGUUUGGAUAUUUAUAAGAAGUUUUUGAUACGCAUGGAUAGAGUGGCUGAAUUUUUGCGAGUUGCGGAGAAUGUGGGCAUUGAUAGGGGAGAUAUUCCCGAUUUAACGAAAGCACCAAGUAGUUUACUGGAAGCAUUGGAGCAACAUCUCAACAGCUUAGAUGGGAAAAAGACUUCGACGUCAAGCACUCCUUCCCAAUCCUCAGGUAGUACUCAGAAGAAUGUAGCAUCUGGAAUGUCUGCCUUAUCUUCCACAAGCACGGCAUUUGGAACAGUCGUUGCGAACGGUCGCUCAGAUUCACACACAAACGGUAUCGAUGAACAAAUCAAACAGCAGUUGCUUGCGGAAGAGGAAGCUGCAAUAAAUCAGUUUAAGUCGAAGGUGCAGUCACCGAACGCGGCGAACAACAACAAUCCAUUCUUGGAUGCUCCAUCGACUGGAGUCGCCCAAAUACACCUAUCGGCAGCGGCGCCCACAGUAAAUUUACUCGAGAGCGAACCACCAACUCCGAAAGCAUCAAAUAAGGCGUCUGAGGAUCUUCUGCAGCUCGGAAAUCCGUUCAUGGAUACGUUUGCCUCUAAUCCUUCUACAGUUACUCCCCAGCCUACGAAUGCAUGGCUUACAAAUGGAACUAAUUAUGGAAAGCAACCUGUGAUAACGAAUGGUUCUUUUGUAUCGGAAAGUAGUUUUGAAUCAGUUUUUGGCUCUACAGAAACAAAAACGUUUGAUGGCUUGGGCGGCGUGCUACAGCCGUCAAACCAAGGGGGCCGAAUGGUUCAGAAGCAGUCGGUCAAUAACAACAACAAUAAUAAUAGUAAUAGUCAGCAGUCAGGUGGUGCCUUAAUCACUGGAGAUUUGGAGUCCAGUCUCGCUUCCCUUGCCGAAAAUCUUACAAUACGACCGCCAACUGUCAAGGGUGUUCAAUGGAAUUCGCCCAAAAAUCAGAAAUCGGGCAUAAGUUGGACACCGCAACCUCUAGCUGCGACAACAGGCGCCGGUUAUAAGCCAAUGAACCAGCAGAUGAGUCCACAGCCGUCACUGCAACAGCCAGUCUUUCCACAGAUGCAACCCAUGGUGGGAAUGCGACCGAACGCGGCCAUGUAUCAACCGCGUACAAUGGGAAUGCUCGCCGGUGCUCCGACGACAAACGCUAUUAACAUGAACUCAAUGGGUCAGCAGUCCCUCCUAUUUAAUUAAACUAGCCAUACUCGGUAUGAAUGUGUAUGAAUGAAUAUGUACGAUUUUUGUACAUAGUUUUAAUCGUGCAAGAUUGGGUGAAAUUUCAAGGCAAUUAUGAAUAAAGAUGUAUGUACAGUAGGUAGUUAAAUACAAACAUAUUUUCUACGUCUUUACCAUGCUUUGUAUAAGUAAGACGAACCGUUAGCACUAUGUAUUUCAAAACCUUAACUACAAUGUCCAGUACGUACAUGUCAUUGUGAUCAAUAUUACCACUCAUUAGUUUAUUGGUUAUGCCUGAAAUUCACAUUUAAAUUAGUCUUAAUACUGUAAAAUUGAACAUAUCUAAAUUUGUCGUGUUCCAUUGUAAUACUUAAUCAAAAUUUAUACCAUGUAUUCGACAAUAACGUUACCAUGAAAAAAUUACUAUUUUCGUAAUAUUCAGCGUAUAUGUAUAUUUGAUGUAUUUAGUGCAAUAUUAACUGCAUAUCAGAAUUGGUGUUAUUUAAAGAUGUAUUUAUGUUUAAAAAUUUCCAUUUUUUAAAAGCACCGUUCUAUUCUAAUAAAAUUUAGGUACUUCAAAGUGUGCCAUGUUACGAUUAUUAAGUUUUAAGAAUUUAUUACAUUAGGUCAAUGUGUCAUCUUUGCGAAAAUUUAAAGUCUUGUUACAUAUCAUACAUAAGAUUCGUUUCAAGUGGUAUUAGGGUAUUUUUGUUUAAAUUGUUUUUGGUAGAAUGAUAAAUCUUACUAUCCGAUUUGAAGUGUGAUAUUUUGGGUAUUCAAUUAAAUGUGAAUCUUACUUCCAAAUUUUGGUUUAAUUUUACGUCAGUAUUUAAGUCUAAUUACUUUUAUUGCAAAAGUUAGGGCGCUAUAAGAGUGUCUUUGUAAAUAGACUAUUUGUUACUUUAUUGUAUUAUACACAUUAAAUAAUCAAUGGAAAUUUA